CAACCUCUUUCCCUCAUUUCUUUCUCUUGUGUCUUUCUUUCUUCUUUUUUUUGGUGGGGAUUUGUAGUGAAGAGAGAUUGGAUUUAGUUUUUCUCAGAACAAAGAGCUUAAAUUGAUGCACAGAUCAGUAGCAUCCAUGUUGGAGUGGCUCUCACAUGAAUUAUUUGGAUAUCUCUGGAGAAAACAGAAAGAAGUUGAAACGGCACGAAUGAAUUAAAGCAGCUGGAUUCCCCAUGGCUUCCUCAAGAGACCCUAUUGCUCUGAUUAAAGAAUUUUAAUGGCACUGGAGAAAACAUUCUGACUUUGUUUUCAACAUAUAACUGAGAAAGUUCCAGGAAGCUGACUCAUCCAAGUCAAUCAUCUCUGAAGAGUUUUAGGCACACUGAGUACUAGAGGAAACCUUUCUUCUAUGUGAGCCAAAAAAAGAGAAAAACAACCUGCCAAACACCAGUAAAGAGAUGACUAUCAUCAUAUGGAAAUUUGAAGAGCUUCUGUAUAGCACAUUCAUGAUCCAAAUGGGAGAGGAUCAACUGUCAUGAUGUCUCAGAAGGCCUUUUAACUGAGUAACAAGAAGGGGAAAUUAUAACAGCUUGUCAUCUGCGCUUGCACAUUAGACUUCCAUGUAGUUAAUGUAGACAAAUUCAAAGCAAACAUGCAGAUAGUUCUUUGAAAAGCCCCCAAAUCAUGUAUAGAAGCUCUGACCAAUGCAAUAAAAAGGAGGUUAUUCUAUAUUCAGUUUCUCCAGCCCCUCGAUGAUCAAUCUUUUAGAAAGAGCAGUAGUAGAUUGUAAAUUUAAAUUUUUAACCACCAUUUAACAAAGGCAGCUUCUCUAGAAACAAACAUGACUGCUAAUGACACGUGUACUGAGAUCAGUAGAGACAAUACAGAUUUCCGAUACUUCAUCUAUGCUGUGACAUACGCUGUUAUUCUUGUGCCAGGUCUCAUAGGGAACAUAUUAGCCUUGUGGGUAUUUUAUGGCUAUAUGAAAGAAACCAAACGGGCUGUGAUAUUCAUGAUAAACCUGGCCAUUGCUGACUUACUACAAGUCCUCUCCUUGCCCCUGAGGAUCUUUUACUAUCUGAAUCAUGACUGGCCAUUCGGGUCUGGCCUCUGCAUGUUUUGUUUCUACCUGAAGUAUGUCAACAUGUAUGCAAGCAUCUACUUCUUGGUCUGCAUCAGUGUGCGAAGAUUUUGGUUUCUCCUGUACCCCUUUCGCUUCCAUGACUGCAAACAGAAGUAUGACCUAUAUAUCAGCAUUUCUGGCUGGUUGAUAAUCUGUCUUGCCUGUCUGCUAUUUCCUCUCCUCAGAAGCAAUGAUGACACCCCUAGCCACAGAACCAAAUGCUUUGUGGAUCUUCCUACCAGGAAUGUCAAUCUAGCUCAAUCUGUUGUCAUGAUGACCAUUGGCGAGUUGAUUGGGUUUAUCACUCCUCUUCUAAUUGUCCUGUUUUGCACCUGGAAGACAGUUUUAUCACUGCAAGAUAAAUAUCCUGUUGCACAAGACCUUGGAGAGAAAAAGAAAGCCUUGAAGAUGAUUCUAACCUGUGCAGGAGUUUUCCUAAUUUGCUUUGCACCUUAUCAUUUCAGUUUUCCUUUAGAUUUCCUGGUCAAGUCCAAUGAAAUUAAAAGCUGCCUAGCCAGAAGGGUGAUUCUAAUAUUUCAUUCUGUUGCCUUGUGUCUUGCUAGUCUGAAUUCCUGCCUUGACCCAAUCAUAUACUAUUUUACCACUGAUGAGUUCAGAAGACGGCUUUCAAGACAAGAUUUGCAUGAUAACAUAAAACUACAUGCAAAAUCACUUGUGAGCAACCAUACCACAUCUAUCUUGUCAAGUGAAUUAUGUUAAAUUAAAAAAAAUGGAUGUGGACUGAAGUAUAUUAAAACAUAUUUGCAAUACUCCAAGCUACUGGGAAGUAAUCACAGCAAGCAUUCCAAGAUUUUCAGUUAUGCUCUAUCUUACCUAUAUGAAGAUUUCACGUCUUCAUAACACAAUCUGUUUAGAGCAUUAUAUUCCACUAUCAUUGAUGUUGAGGUGUCCAUGUAGUAAUCUGUCA